AUGUGCAAGGUUUUGUCAAUAGUGGUUAAGCAUGCUCAACACCAUUACAAUGUUCCUCAAAUAACGGAUGUUCGCAUGGCAGAAAUUCCAAGGCUUAAUGUUGGGAAUUUGGUGUUUCCUACAUAUAUACAUUUUUCUUACAUUGGUUCGAUUCCUGAAGUGAUGAUUAGCAAAGUUCCUGCUAAUACCGAAGUUAUCAACAUUUACAAACAAAUUCCUAAGUUUGAUAUGAAGCGCAUCCCCGCUGAGUUACAUGAAAUUAUUGAUACGAGUGUUGUUACAAGGAGAGCGGGAUGUGGAAAGCGAAAGGCUAAGGCUGUUGAUAAGGUUGUCAUUGUGAAGCCUAAAAAGCAAAGAAAGUUGAAGAAGAAAGUGCAACCAUCUAUCGUAGAUGAAGAGAUGGAUGUUGAUGUUGAUGAGACGACAAUAAGCGAUGUUUAUGUUGAGUCUGAUGUUCAAAACAAAGAAGACGAUGCGAAGUCUUUGGAGCAUCCACAGAAAAAAGAGCAACCAACUACCACUGCGAUACAACCAACGACUGAAAUUUUGAAGGUUUCGGAAAAUCCUCAGAAUGAUUAUUUCGUUGUUGAUGAUAAUCUAGAUGAUGAUGAUGAUAUAGUGGGUGAUUAUAAUAAUACUUCUUUUGAAGUUUUUGUUCAACAUGAAUUGGCUCCUUCGCUGCUCGAUGAUGAGACUACCAAUAUGCCUAUAAACAGGAAAGAUUACAAGGCAUUAAACAAGGAGCUAAAGUGUUGGUACGUCAUGGUGAAUCUUUCUCUACUAUCAAUUUCUCCAACAUGA